GGGGGAAGUAUAUAGCUGUCUCAGUCAACAGCGUUGCUAACACCAUUUCUAACACGUUAUAUAUGUCACAUAUAUAUAGAUGCUAAGGUUUGCUGUUAACAUGAGACCAUAUGUGACUUCACUCCUACUGGUCAUGGAGAUUUACUCUACAUCAAGGAUAACUCACGUGAAAGGUCAGACACUAAGUCUGCAAGGUUCGUCCUCCACUGCUGUAAGGGGAGAUACGUUUCAGUUUACCUGUACUGUUGCCGGUGGCGGUGGCUCCUUACAAGGAGCUUUGUACUUCCUAAGAGCGCGGGUAUUCAGUUCGUGUACUGUCAAUGCUGGAACCUGCAGCCAGUUCACCAAUGAACCUGGGUACACCUGUGAGUGUGUGGGUGGACAGACGCGGAUAUUCUACAUGAAUGUCACAUCAGUCAGCACGGGUGAUGGCGAUACCUGGAGGUGUCAGUACAGCUCUAGCAACAGCAACUCCAUCAGUCUGGAUGUACUGUGUAGGUAUUUCAGAGUUGGUAACAACACACAGGUGUCUGUAGUAACCACAAGAAUGUUUACAAAGCAAGAUUUGUGUAAUUAAUAGUUAACUUCUGAUCGAUGUUGUAUAUCUCGUAUAAAAUAAUCAUAACGAAAUAUCUUUAACAGACAGAAUUGUGAUUGCAUUACGGAAAUUUCACAACUGCUGAACACAAAGUUGCUCCUCAGGGGACCAGUGGCUCCGUCAUUAUAGGUACUUUUGUGCAUAUGUUAACUACUACGGAAUAAUACCACCAUAUAAUCCCAAUGCACCAUAUUUCUCUGUUUAUAAAUAUACUAGACGGCCCAGGCAUUACCGCUGUUCCCACAAACAGACAAAUAAUAGAGAACGCCAGUCCUGACAUAGACUGCAGCAGUAACAUCACAGCCGGCAACCCCUCAACGACGAUUAGUUACAC